CCCACUACAUUAUUCCAGACAAUGGCAAAAGCUGAAAUAUGGCUUAUUCGAAACUACUGGGAUUUUCAGUUUCCUCACCCAGUCUUACCAAAUGUUGAGUUCGUUGGAGGACUCCACUGCAAGCCUGCCAAACCCCUACCUAAGGAAAUUGAAGAGUUUGUCCAAAGCUCUGGAGAAAAUGGUGUUGUGGUGUUUUCUCUGGGGUCAAUGGUCAGUAACAUGUCAGAAGAAAGGGCCAAUGUAAUUGCAACAGCCCUUGCCCAGAUCCCACAAAAGGUUCUGUGGAGAUUUGAUGGCAAUAAACCAGAUACCUUAGGACUCAAUACUCAGCUUUACAAGUGGAUACCCCAGAACGAUCUUCUUGGUCAUCCAAAAACCAGAGCUUUUAUAACUCAUGGUGGAGCCAAUGGCGUCUACGAGGCGAUCUACCAUGGAAUCCCUAUGGUGGGCGUUCCAUUGUUUGCAGAUCAACCUGAUAACAUUGCACACAUGAAGGCCAAGGGUGCAGCUGUUAGUUUGGACUUCAAUACAAUGUCAAGUACAGACUUACUCAAUGCACUGAAGACAGUAAUUAAUGAUCCUUUAUAUAAAGAGAAUGCUAUGAAAUUAUCAAGAAUUCAUCAUGAUCAACCAGUGAAGCCUCUGGAUCGAGCAGUCUUCUGGAUUGAGUUUGUCAUGCGCCAUAAAGGAGCCAAACACCUUCGGGUUGCAGCCCGCGACCUCACCUGGUUCCAGUACCACUCUUUGGAUGUGAUUGGGCUCCUGCUGGCCUGUGUGGCAACUGUGAUAUUCAUCAUCACAAAAUGUCUGUUUUGUGUCUGGAAGUUUGUUAGAACAGGCAAGAAGGGAAAAAGAGAUUAA